AUGAGCGCCCAGGCCCCACCCACCCUCUUUCAGCUAGCGAUGCACAGACUGGUGAGGGAAAAGAACUUGGCCAUCAAGGCUAGGGAGGACCUGCCAAGAGAGAUCAUUGAGACACUCUUCAUGGAAGCCUUAUCCAGGGGACACAAUGAUUUCCUGAAAGCCAUUGUACCAGCCUGGCCCUUCUACUACCUCCCACUGGGGAUGCUGAUGAGUAUGAGGAGGCCAGAGGCCUCAGAAACACACCUGAGUGUCAUCCAAAAACAGUCACAGAACCUACAGAUCUUACAAGCUGUGCUAGAUGGGCUUGAUGUGCUGCUGGCCCAGAAAGUUCGCCCCAGGAGGUGGAAACUGCAAGUUCUAGAUUUGCGGAACACACAGCAGGACUUCUGGAAAGCCUCUACUGAAAACCUGACUCAAGCCUGUUCCCCUGUUGCUGUGAUUAGGAAAAUGGAGAGGACUGGCCCAUAUGUGGCAGAAAAGCAGCCCCUGAAGGUGACUGUAGACCUGUACCUCAGGGUGGAUUAUCCAGGUGGAUUCUUGUCCUACCUCUUCGAGUGGGUCUACCAGAGGAAAGCUUCACUGCAGCUGGACUGUGGGAAGCUGCCAAUCGAAAGCAUCAUAAAGAUCAUGAAAACGGUGGACCUGGAUUGUGUGCAGGAAGUGGAUUUGGGUCCCUUCUGGACACUCUCCAACCUAGCUUAUUUUGCCCCUUACCUGGGCCAAAUGCAAAAUCUUCACAAACUAUUCCUCUCCCACAUCUCUGGGUCUGACUUCAUUUUCCCAGAGAGGAGUGAAAUGCUGGCCAACCAAUUCAUUUCUCAGUUUCCCAAGCUGCACUGCCUCCAGGAGAUUUAUAUAGAGUCUGUGUCUUUCCUCAAAGGCCACCUGGACCAAGUGCUCAGGUACCUGAAGUCUCCCUUGAAAACCCUCUCUAUAACUCACUCCCAGCUUUCACACUCAGACUGGAAACAUCUGUCUCAGUGCCUGAGCCUUAGUCACCUAAAACACCUGUAUCUGAGGGGUGUCCGACUGAUUGACUUUAGUCCUGAGCCCCUCCGAGUUCUACUGGAUAAAGUUGCAGGCACCUUGACCAUCCUGCACUUGGAGGCCUGUGGAAUCAGAGACUCUCAGCUUAAGGCCAUCAUUCCUUCCCUGAGCCACUGCUCCAAGCUCACCACCUUCAACUACAUUAGGAACUGCAUCUCUGUGGCCACCUUGGAAAACCUGCUGCGCUGCACUGCCAGGUUGAGCAACUUAAGACUAGAGCAGUAUGCUGUUCCUUGGGAGAUAUAUUGUCCCCAUUGUCCUCUCCAGUGGCUGAGGGUGGAGCAGAUCCGUGAUGCCCUGGUGAGGAUUGUGAAGCCAUUAAACCAUCCAAGGAGAGUUUGGUUCCGUACUACUCACUGUCAUCUCUCUGAUAAUGAGACAACCUAUCAUUGCCCUGAUUACAUCCCUAUCUAG